AUGUUAGAAUAACUCUAUUCUGUCUAUAAAUAGAUCACUUUGUCAUUCAUAUCCAAUAUGCGAGUGGAUGAUUAAUUGAAGCAGUUUGACUUUGAAUAUGCAAUCAGUUAAGAGGAACACAAAUAGUUUGACUCUAUCGAACAAGGUGUAGCAUAAAUCCCGGAGUAGGCUCUUACGGAAUAUUAAACAGAGUAGAAUGGCAGGAGUUAAAGAUUGACAACCUAUAUCAACAAGAUAGAGAUCUACCCACUCAAUUUUAAUUUGACAUUUUACAGCAGUGCUAAGACCAAUCUACAAUAUAAUAUGUUGAUGCAAAUAUUGAAGACAAUUGGUAUUGUCAUCGGAAAUAUCGAUGAGGCUCCAUUAAUUUUGGGAGGCAUAUUUUUAGAAAAUUCAUUUGAUACUUCACAUGCCAUUCUAACAAAAUUGGCUACUCAUUAUAAAGAUAUGCUUUUUAAUCUCAUUCUAAAAUUGAUAGGCUCCAUUGAAAUCUUUGGUAAUCCUGUUGGAUUAGUCAAACAUGUUGCAAAGGGAGUUUAUGAUCUAUUUGAUAAACCAAUUGAAGGGUUCAUUAAGGGACCGAUAGAAGGUGGGAUUGGCAUAGCAAAAGGAGCUGGAAGUUUGGUGUAGAACACAGUAAGUGGGAUAUCGAAUUCAAUGAGCAAGAUCGCUGGUAGUAUAAGUGGUGGGUUGGCUUACAUCAGUUUGGAUAAACAAUACAAAUAGGAGAGAGAACAAUUUAGAGUUGUGAAACCUAAUUAGAUAAUAUCUGGAAUCUAUUUGGGAGGGAAAUUACUAUACGUAUCUGUGACCAGAGCUGUCGUUGGAGUGUUUGAUUUACCUGUGAAUUAGGCGAAGAGAAAAGGGAUGAAAGGAUUAACUAUUGGAGUUCUCGAGGGUACGGCUGGAUUCUUUAUCAAACCGUUUGCUGGGGUGUUUGAUUUUGUGAGUAAGACAACUGAUGGCAUCAAGGCGACUGCUCAAUAUUGGGAUGAUAAGGCAAAUGAUAAGAGGACCAGAGAUAUCAGGGUAAUAUAUUAAUAGGAAUAAUUAUAUAAAAAUUAUAAUGCUAAGGAUGCCAAAAUUAUGCAAUUUUUAAUUAACAUGAAUAAUAAAUUUGAAGAUUAUUAUUAUUAUGAUAGUUUCGAAUAUGAGUCAGGAGGUACAGAAUUAGUUUUUGUUUUGAUGUAUUAACAAUUCUUCAAUUGCGACAGGAAGAAAAAAAGUAUCAUUUGGCAGAUUGAUCCAAACAGUGUUUAGGAUAUUCAAAUGAUCAACGAUGGUGUUUUAUUCUUGUUAAAAGACUACAACGAAAAGUAUAAGGCCAAACAGGUGCAAUUGCAUAUGACACAGGAGAGACAAAUGGAAUAAGUGAUAUUAAAAUCUUAAUGGCUCUUGAGUAAUAUUUGA